ACCCAGAGGUACAUGGUUCUACACUGUCCGUGGACAAUGAUGGCUGCGUCCUCUGCAGGAGUGUGUACUGCUUGUACUAUUUUCAGGCUAAGUGGAAGAUACUGGUUUUCAAGGACUUUAAGUUAUAAUAAUAAUUUCAGCAUCAGGAAUGUACAGACAACUACACUGCAUUGCCAAAGCCAGCCUCAGACCAAAAGAAAAACAGAUCCUCGUAAGUGGGUUGGAGUGGUAGGACUGGAAAUCCAUGCCCAAAUACAUUCGAAUGCUAAACUGUUCUCUGAGUCUGGGGUUCAUUUCGCAGCACCCCCAAACUCUUUGGUGUCCUACUUUGAUGCCUCUCUACCAGGCACAUUACCAGUCCUCAACAGAAGAUGUGUAGAGGCAGCUGUGAUGACAUCCCUGGCUCUGAAUUGCACUAUAAACAAAAAGUCACUGUUCGACAGGAAACAUUAUUUCUAUGCAGAUCUGCCCGCUGGAUACCAGAUCACCCAGCAGAGGCUUCCCAUUGCAGUGGCUGGGAGCCUCACCUACAACCUCUUGGUAAGACAGAAGUGGAACCAGGUGGUCACAAAAACCAUUAGAAUCAAACAGAUACAGCUGGAGCAGGACAGUGGAAAGAGCCUGCACGAUGACACCAGGAGCCAGACUUUAAUAGACUUGAACAGAGCAGGAGUGGGUCUGAUGGAGGUGGUGAUGGAGCCUGACAUGUGCUGCGGUGAGGAGGCAGCAGCCGCAGUCCGGGAGCUCCAGCUGAUCCUGCAGGCGCUGGGGACCUGCCAGGGUAACAUGGCAGAGGGUCAGCUGAGAGUGGAUGCUAACGUUUCUGUACAUCAACCUGGGGAGCCACUUGGCGUGAGGACCGAGGUAAAAAACAUUAACAGUGCCCGGUUUCUGGCCAGAGCAAUAGAUUAUGAAAUUCAGAGGCAGACAGAUGUCCUUGAGAGUGGAGGAUGGAUAUUGAAUGAGACGCGGUCCUUUGAUUAUAAAUCAGGACGUACUACACCUAUGAGAGAUAAAGAGGGGCUACAAGACUACAGGUUUAUGCCGGAGCCCAAUCUGCCUCCACUGAUCGUGUACGACAAUAAGACUGUCCCAGCUCAUGCUGAUCCCCAGCAGGUGGUGAAUAUCGACCAGAUCAGAGAGAGGCUUCCGGAGCUGCCCAAUGUCAGGCGGAGCCGGCUUGUGGAGCAAUAUGGGAUUCUUCCUGAGCACAGCUUUACCUUGGUAAAUGAAGAUGGCUUGAUGGAAUAUUUUGUGAGUGUUGCGCGAGAGACCAAGGCAGAGCCAAGAAAGAUAAUUGGCUGGAUUAUUAAAGACCUGCUUGGGCUUCUCAAACAGCACAGCCUGAAUGUCAGCCAAAGUCCCAUCUCCCCGAUGUCUAUGGCAGAGCUUCUUAACCUGUUGGAGGCAGGAACAGUUUCAUCCUCGGCAGCAAAGCAGGUGUUCCAGGAGCUGUGGAAGGGAGCUGGGAGCAGUGCUAGCCAGAUUGUCCAGAAACUGGAUCUGGGGCUGCUCCAGGACCGCAGCACCCUGGAGCAGAUCUGCAGGACUGUCAUUGACAGCCACCAGGAGGAGGUUAGAGCAAUCAGGGGAGGAAACAAGAAGGUCCUCAACAAGCUGAUUGGCUUGGUUCAGAGAGAGCUGAAGGGUAGAGCUGAUCCUGUGCAAGUUAAAACAAUACUGGAAGAGAAAACAUUGUGACAAGCAAGCUGCUGUUGAAAGGGCACUCUUAUCAAAUGGCUAGAAGCUGCUUAAAAUCUGUGGAUAUUUUUGCAUUGACAUACAUGCUUGUGCGUGUUUGUCUGACGUUGUUCUGUAAUCCUUUUCCUAAAUAAAAUUAAUGUUUUGUUUUUUUAACUCUUCA